GGGAUGUUGUUCAUCCGGGCAUCUGUGAGACUAGCGCCACCGUUGCUGUGUCCGGUGAGAAGGAAGGGAAGAAGAUAAGAGGGUGCACAUGGUAGCCAUAUAGAUGGUGAUAACGUGCCUGCAGUCUCUUUCUUUUCUUUAUUUUCUUAUCUUCAUGAGUUAACCGGUAGAUUAAGCAGUAUUGAAGGGGUUAGAAGAAAUCAAAUCAUUAUACAUCCUGCCUAGGGCUAAACCAAAGCCGAGAGGAUAUAGAAUAGGGAAUCAAAAAGAAAAUGGGUAUCAAGGCUUUACAAGAAUUUCUGGAAACACAUUGCUCAAGCGCAUGUGUUUCGGUGGAUUUACUGAAGAUAUCACGUGGAUUUGUACCGAAACGACGUUAUAAAUUCAACGAUUCUGGUCACUUUUAUUUGGUGGUGGAUGCUGAAAGUUGCUUGGAUCGUCUUUACGGUGGUUACUUCUCUGACUGGGUAUGCGGUGGUCAAUGGAACCGCAUGAUGUAUUUUCUUACAAGUCUUGUUCAGGCUUGCCACAGUGCCAACAUGGAGCUGGUUGUUUUCUUCAACGGUGCUCUUGAAAGUCAAAGUUUAAAUGAAUGGUCAGCUGAACAACAGAAUCAAAGGAAAAAAGCAAAUCUAGUCACCAAGCACGUGAACAACAAAGGUACACCGCCGCCAAAGGUAUGGUGGACCCCACCCGUUUUUUUACGAAGUGCCCUUCGGAUGGCCCUUCGUCAAUUAAAUGUAUCUGUCGCGUGUUCUAUGGACGAUCAUCACCAAGAAGUAAUCGGAUACUGCCGAGAACAUGGAUUGCAAGGAAUCAUUGCCCAGGAUUCCGUGUAUGCUAUAUUUGACCCACCUCGCUAUUUCUCUUCGAAUAACUUGAAACUUACCUAUAAAGGUUCUUUAGAAACUAAGGAAUACAUUAUGGACGACAUAGCCAAGUGUCUUAAUCUUCAUCCUAGUCGAUUCUGUCUGUUCGCAGCACUUCUUGGAAAUCAUAUACUUCCUGAUGAGGAUUUAGUUGACUUUUUCAAAGAUGAAGUCUAUAAAGCCACAGAAGGAAGACCCACAAAGUUAACACCAGAAAAAGUGAUCAAAGCUGUUGUUGACUUUGUUAGAAAACUACCUUCUGUUGAUAAUUUGGAUGUCAUCGGGGAGGAAGUUUUCAAAGACUCUGUUAAAAAUAAACAAGAACUUGUUACAAAAUUGAAACAAAGUGUCCAGUACUAUUUAAAUGGUACUCAAGAUGGUUUCCUGAAAUAUAAACCCAGAGUAAAAAUAAAUGGUCUUCCACAACAAACUGGCAGCUAUCUUCAAAAUGGCCAAAAUAAAUCUGAUACAAGUGAAACCUCUGGAUAUGUUGAUAAUGCUAACCCACAAAUUGUUGUUGACCCACCCAAUCAGAACAUGCAUGACUUUGAUGCCAAUCAGUCUGGUGAUUCUAAGAGAAAUGAUGACACAUGGACUCAAAAGUUUCCGCAAAAUUUGAACAAAUGUGUAAAAAAUGAGCAUUCACAGAAUGAUGUAGAAUUUAAACUUCCCCAAAUAUCUCCUGAAAUUAUGCGUAUAGCCAGUGAAAGACAUCAGAAAGGUUUAAUGAGUCCCUGGGUGUAUCAGUUAUUAUCUCAGGGUGAAGUCAAAUUAGAGGUAUGCUUGGAAGAGGAUGUCAGUCGAGACCUUAUUUCUUACGUGGAACUAUAUCGGCCUGUCAGGCAAACUCUUUAUUCUGUGCUUUUUAAUUUAAAUAAACUAAAGAUUAUUCAUGAAAAUCAAAGUAAAGAUAAAGGUGACCAGUCUUCCAAAUCCUUCGAGGUCUGUGUCAAAGAAUGGGUAGUCCGCAAAGGCGUGUUUAGUCCACACUGUGAAUACGUUGUUGCACAUCCGGUUGACUGGAAAACUCCAAGUAUUGAGCGUUUGUGGCUAGGCCAGCAAGCUGAUGACAAAAACAGACGAUUAAGAGCAUUCCUUACCUGUCUUAAAAGUGAUACUCCUUUGAUGCUAAACACAAAUUAUGUUCCACAACAUUUACUGCUUAUGUGUUGUGUUCACAGGUAUAUUUUACAAAAUGGUAGAAUUCUACAAAGGCAAGAAUUGGAUGCUUUCUUAGCAAUGGCAGUGUCUCCUCUUCUCCAUGACAUUCAGAUCAUGCAGGAUCUAAAACUACCAUCUAUCAGUAACCGUGGAGUUCACUUAGCAUCUCUUUUUAUGGCUGGAAUUGAAACUGCCAUUUUUGCCAAUGAUAUUUGUGGAGCUCCAAUUCCAUGGACCAUGUGUUGCCCCUGGUUAUACUUUGAUGGCAAACUUUUCCAUUUCAAACUUCUGAAAGCAAAUAACAACACUCCUCUCAUUGAUAUGUGUGAUGGACAGGUUGAUCAAGUUCUGAAGGUUGAACGAAUGAGACAAGCAAUCUUAGAAGGACUGAAAGUAGAAUUUGCCAAAGCCCCAUUACCUGCUACUGCUCUCUACACCAAUUAUCCUUUUCCACCCUACUCUAAUGUUAACUUCAAUCAUCGACCUCCUGGUGCCCCUCCAAUUCAACCAAACAUUUCUGCUGGUGGACAGAACCAGAACAAAGGUCGAGGAAGAGGCAUCCUUGGUCGUUCGCCUGUAGAUGCUCGUGGUGGGCAGUUGGAAAUAGCCGGAGUUGUCGUUGGCAGUUGGGGACCAAAUCUUCAUGGUGCGGCCCGAGGCCGUGCAUCUAACAUGGCUCCACAAGUUAUGUCAGUUGGAGGACCAGGCAAAAGAGUAUCUCGUAAUGUUGCAUCAAACAGGGCAAUCCGAGGAAAAGCUUCAACAGCACUUUAUGGCAUGGGGAGAGGAUUAAGGCAAUCAAAUGAAGCUCGUUUUUCAAGGGGUCGAGGUUUCCGACCUCCUACCAGGCGUCCAUUGAGAGCUCGUCCAAGGCCAGGAAGUAAACCAAGAAAUGCUCGAGGAACUGGUGCAGUUGCUAUUGUCCGUGGAAGAGGCUGCACUGUUGAAAUUUCAGGAGAGACUGGCUCUUCUGUAGUAAAUAUGUCUCAAUUUUUAUCCAACUCUGAAAGUGAUAAAACUGGUAAAUAUGCUAAUGCUGAUGAGAAGGUCAAUUCAAAUAGUGCAAUAAGCAACAAAGACAGAAAAGCUGGUGGUGUCGUCAACAACAACAAUAAUAACAACAACAGCACCAAUAAUAACAACAACAACAGCAACCAUGACUCCAAUGAAACCAACUCUGUCUCAACCAAAAAGGAACAAACUAAUAAUGGCCCCUCUUCAACGGAGACUAUAGUCAUGUCAAAGGCUUAGCUUUCCAACUCAAGCCUGUUUUAACCCUGGUUCCUGUGACAGCAGAAAUGUCCGGUGUCCACAUCAUUCCAUUGUGUUUGUCCAUUUUUUAUAUAUAUACAUAUAUAUUUUACUCAAAUCAUUAUUGGUAAAACAUGAAAAGAAAAAAUUAUUUAUUCAUUUAAAUUAUUUUAGCUUUUUGGUUUGCUCUUUUUUUUGUUUCUCAUUCAUUAAUUGGCUGAACAAAACAUUUUUUAGUAAAUUUUGUUACUCAUUAGUAAUUAGCAUCAUUUUUUUUUAUGUGUGUAUAGGUGUGUGUGUGUAUGCAUGUGUGUAUACAUGAGUGGAUGUGUGUACACAUUUUAAAAAUUUGCAAUCAUCACCACUAAAAUAACAUUACUUUGAGAUUUUUUGAUAUUUGCAAUUGCUUUUUUUUUUUCUUUUUUCGUUCUGUUCUUGAUAAAAACUUGUAUUGAAUGAUUUUUAAAAAGAUCUUAAUAGCAAUAAUACUAGCAUGACUCAGUAUGUUAAAAUUAAUCACUCUAUGAAUUUAUGCAGGUUGUUUUAUAUGUCUUACAUGAAGCAGAUUUUCUAGUUUGUUUCCUUGAAUUUUCAAAAUUCAUUAUAUCAACACUUGCUCUACACAUAAAUAGCAUUCAAUGAAAAUGGGUACUUUUCAAUCACUCUUCUGGAUAUUUCCUCGAUUUCACAGUCAUAUAUUUAAAUUUUAAAAUAGUUCAUUUAUAAAGUACAUAGUAAUUGCUAGCUUAUUUACAAGAUGACAUUUUAAGUAUUUUAGUCUUAGGGUACUAUAUAGUGUGAACAACUCUUCAUUGGAUAGCACCAAGUAUUGUAAACUUAACGAUUGUUAAGUCAAUUGCUGUGUGAGUUGAGUUAUAAAAGGUAAAGUUUGCUCUAACGUGUUUAACUUGUCCAUAAUGCACCAGAUGAAAGACAAUCUUCGCUUCAAUGUUGCAAUGUAAGUGCUAUCUGUAUCAGAUGGCUUAUUGUAAUAUUUGUUGCUUGAAAAGAUAAUCCAAUUAUUGUUAGAUAAUUUUAUCAAGACUGAAUUGCAAUUGCAGUAUCUUUGUUAAUUACAUGUUUAUUUAGUUGUAAUUUACUGAUUUAUUCUAGCUGAGCCUAAACCUUAUUCUCUAAUGCUUUUUUUUCUUUUUUCUUUUUUUCUUUUCAUGUUUUACCAGACACCUGUUUAUAGUCCAUUUGUAACAAAAACUCAUUCAUUUACAAAUAUUUUAUGCCUAAAAGUAUAUUCUUCAGAUCAUAAUUAUUCUGAGAGCUUAAUCUAAACUGAUCAGAUGAGAGGAGAAUGCAAAAAAAAAAAAUUAAAAAGCCAUUAUUUUGUUUGGAUAAUAUUUGAAAAAUGUUUUGAUAUUUAGUGCAUAAAAAAGUUGGACUGGAUUAGAUUAGCUGGUCAGUGCUUUUUGUGCAUGCAUGACUAUCCAGUUGGCAUCUGCACUUAUUUGUGAAGAUAUACUGUAUCAUACAUUGGAAUCCUUGGUAACUCAAUAUGUUGCUAUUUGGAGUUUUCGUUCAUUGGACUAUCUGACUGAUUCAUUAGAAAGCCAAAAUUUGUUCAUGUUCCAUUUAUGGAGCCAAAACAAUCAGCUAAAGUUCACUCUUCCUUUUCUCUCUCAUACUGCAUACUCUAACUCUUCCAAAAAAAAAAAUGUUUGCUGGUUGAACAUUAGCUCAGUGUUUUAGCUCUGUUUCAAAACAGUGUGUCCCCACUUCAUCUUGUUAUUUAAACAUCUGUAUGCUUACUGUUGUGACAGGAACCAUGCUGUGCAGGGAAUUAAGCCUGUGUAAGUACGGCUGAAGUUGAUUUAUUUUUGACUGCAUUUUAUACAGAGAAAUGUAUUAUUUUUGUACAUUUCAUAUUUGUUUUUGUACAAUGACAAAUUUCCUUUUUCUUUUUUUUUUUUUUGGCUUUUUUUUUCCCCUUGUGCUGGCAGAGGCUCAUUUAACAAAGAAUGAUGAUGCCUGUGUCAGUGACUACGAUAUGCAAGAUGGGCUGUGCUACUACUAUUAGUACUACGACUACGACAACAGCAGCCAUGAUCGAGUGGUGAUAAUGAGACUUGGCUAUCACUGCGAGCUUCCGCUGCGAGGGCAGUCAAUAGUUAUUAAGCAAGUACUGCCUCUUGAAAUAAUUAACCAACUUUUCAGGCACCUGAAAGUAUUACUGAAAAAGAAAACUUUUUUUUUUUUUCCAGCCCCACUUGCUCUCUCUCUUUUGAAAAAUCUGUUUUAAAUGAUAAACAUUAUACCAAUAACAGAAUUCACCUCCAACCGCAGAUGUUCUCUUAAACAAAAGACUUAUUUGAGUUUCUAACGUAAUCCUAAUGUUACUAUGGAUUAAGUCAUUAGAUGGGAAACUUGAAAGGUGCCCUUACCAGACGUGGGCCUGGUCUAUGGACGCUUGGUUUCAAAAAAACAGAACAAAUCAGAAAACACAAUCACUGAAUAUAUUGUGCUCUUUCCUUUUUAUUUUUUAUCCCAACUAAACCUGAUGCUCUUUAGAUCAUAUUGAAUUAUUCCUGAUUGCAAAAAAUAAGUGAGUUUUCAUGGCAAGUUACUUUGUAUCCAGUUUUAACUAGAUUUAUCUUAAAAUCAUGUGUAGGUCUAGUUAGCUACCAUGACAUCUUAUUUUUUUUAUUAUUCUUAAUUUCUCACUCUGUCUUCAUGUAUCUACAACAUAUAAUGUUGGACUUAACAGGAUGCACAUAAUGCCUUUUAUUUUGUGUUCAUUAUAUGAUAUGAUUUGAUUUUUUUGUUUGUUAUUUUAAUUCUUUUAAUUUCUUCUAUAAUUUCAUUAUUGUCCUAUUUCCACUUCUAUCUACUAAACUAAAUAUUUGUCUUUGUGAGUUGCUUUACUUUACAUUUUUAAAAUCAGACAGCUGGGACAAAGUGCUUAAUGAUUUCAGUUCUAAUUGAUAUAUUCAGGUUUGUCUGUCAAGUCUCGUUAGCACUACUUGGUAGGGAGGAAAUAUAGACUUAUAUCUGUUCCUACAAAACAAAACUGAUUUAUUAGCCUAACUAUGCACCAACUUGUGACCAGCCAAUCGAUGGCUGCAAAAUCAUAUUCCAUAAACUUUUAUAAUUCACAGUUCAUACUGCAUCAGAUGCUGACUAGACUAAUAUAACAUUAAAACAAAUGACAAUAAACACACUUGCUUCAAAUAAGCAAUCAUUCUUUAUCUUGAUUUGCACCAAAAAAAAACAAGUGCAAUUCAGUUUCCUAUACCAGAUUGACAAAUCAGCUUCCCAAUAGAAUUUAGUGACUGACAUUUGAUGAAACUAUAUCAAUUUAAGGUAAAUAAGCCAUUUUACAUAAUUAUGAUAUGUUUGUAAAACAUACCAUUGGAUGAACUUUUCUCACCUUUUUAUGAUCAAGCAUCUUAAAUUCUAUUGUCUUAAAUGCUGAAUUAUUGGAUACUUAAGGUACCAGUUUCUUGAUGCAACAUAAAGUAACUGAAAAAUUCAUGGCCUCAAUAGGAAAGAAAAAAAAAUUGAAGAACGUUUUUGUGAGGUUCAGUUCUCAAACUUUAUUUUGCUGUCAUGUGAAAAAAAAUAUAUAUAUUGGAUCGACUAGUGACCUUUUUAGAAAAAACAUUUUUGGUUUGUAAACAGGGGAAAAAAUAAUUUCUAAAAUGCAUCCUGUUGUCCCAGUAGCUUUAAAAGGUAUGACAAAAAAUAUUUAACAUUAAAAAAAAAUGAAUGCAAGGGAAAAUGCUUAAGAUAACUGCUGUAGUUUAGUAAUAUUAAAAGGAGCCUUACAAAAUGGUGUCCUUAUUUUCUUUUCCCCACAGAUUUGACAAAACCAAGAAGCAGACUGAGUCUCUAACUCUUAAAUUAAACUUAACUUGGUUACUUCAAGCAUCAAAGCUGUAAACUUUGCAAAAUGCACCCAUGUGUGUACUUUUACCUCACCAUAUGUUACUGUCUUUUUCAUGAUUCAGUGAUUUUGGCUUAACAUUAUGGCUUGAGAAUGUAGAUUCCAAAUACAAAUUGAAAAGGAAGUUAUGAGUUUUUUUAAACUUUUUCUUUUUUUUUUUUAAUGAAAGAUGAUAAAACUUUACUGAGAAAUAUUGAAUUUGCUACCAACAAAUCUUGUUGGUCAAGCAUUGGACUGGCAUUAUGAUGCCAUGCUGAGUAUCUUUAUUAUUUUCAAUUGUAAUAAAUAUCCUAACCUUACUCUAAUGAAAUUUAAUGUCUAGUGACAUCACUCAUAAGAGUUAAUGUCAAAUUAGCAAAUUAUGCUGAAUCAGAAGUAGCAAGAAUUGAUUUUAUUUCAACUUUAUUUUUUCUUUUCUCCCUUCCCAUUAUGUAAACUUUUGCUAAAUUGUCUAAAGUAUGAAAACUAUCAAAUAAUAAUAAUAAUGCUAACCAGUUCCUUCUUUUUCUAUGUGGUCUGGAUUAAGUUUGGACAAACUUUGUAGCUUUUAAAAAAAAAAUAUUAUUAGUGUGAGUCUUAAGUUUUUUUUAAAAAAACAUUUUUUAAAUUCUUUUAAAUUGAACUGACUCUUAUUUCAUUUUACUUGUCUUUAUAUAAUAUGUACUGUACUUGCCUAAUAGUAAAAUUAACUUUUUGUUAAUCCCAAAUGUAGAUAUAUAAUGGUAAAAAAGCUGAAGCUUUUAACAUUGUAGUUGGAAGCAGUAGUGUUUUUGUUUUGUUAGAAUGUCCUUCAUUUUUUUUCCUUAAAUUCAUUUUAAUUUUUCAACCUAUAUAUUUUUCUUUAACUUUUAUGUAAUGUAUGGGUUCCACUCCAGAGUAAUUAGUGCAAAGAAUGAUGAUGAAAAUGGAUUAUUCGAAAAAUAUUAUAUUAAAAGACUAUGCUUAUCUCUAGACACCUUUUUGUAAGGUGGCAUCGGAGAUGUCUGAAGAGAAUUAUAAUCGAAGUUAAAAAAUAUAACUAUUUCAGAUAUAUAUAUUUAUAUAUAUAUAUUUCACACUUCUUCCCUAAUAUUGUUUUUCUUUCUCCCCUUUUAUUAUUUCUAAUUCUGGAUUUCUUGGCAAUAUAACUUCUGUUCCAAUUUUUUAAAAUAUUGUUUUCUAAUGGCCAUUUAAAGAGUCAAUGCUUUCAUUUGGGAGGGUGAGCUAUAGGUAGUUGCAUAUUACACACACAUGUACACACCUAAACUCUAAAUAUUUGAGUUUCAAUAUUUGCUUUUUGUGCUGUCUCUAAUUUGUUCUCUGAAAUGGAUAUGAUUAGUGUCACUUUCCAGAACAAUUUUAAAUUUGCUGGUUGUGGCAAUCCUCAAUUUUUAUUCUAUAACAUAGACACAUUUAAAUAUGGUUAUUUUGUGGACAUCCAACUUCAGAUGUCACCACUACUUAUAAUUCUGAAAUAUUUGAAAUUUUUUAUGUUACUCUCAUUUAGUUGAUGAAUUGGACAUGAUUUUAAUUUUAUUGAAAGACAUUUAUUCAAGAGAAGUGUGUAAAAUCUAGAAGUUUGCAUUAAGUUUUGGCUAAAAAUAAUCUAGCUCUGAGAUAUUUCUAUUAAUAUAUAUGCAAAUACAUCUCUUGGAUUGUUUCCUUAAAAAGGUUCUUAUUGAUUAUUACCUUUUGACAUUGCCAAUCAUGUAUAAGAAUUGCAAUAAUAAAGCUGUUUUCAUUCAGCUAUUAUAUGCUGCUUCAAAAACUGCUUUUUAGCUUUAAAACAUUGCCAUUCUAGAUAAGUAAGUUUAUAUUUGAUCAGCUCACCCUUCAUAUUAUUGAAUUCAAUUCAGUUUGACUUAGCGUCACAUGUUCAACUUUUUUUUCUCUUUUUAUCUUUUUCAAAACAAUCCCAUUACAUUAAGUUUUCUUGAUAUGUAAUAUAUUUGCUAGUUCUUGUUUUAUGAUGGUUUUUGUUCAGAAAUACAAACAAAACACAUUAAGGCCACUUUUUUUCUUUUUCUUCUUCCCUAACAUAAUUUGUCUAUGCUCUUAAUUAGGCUUUGCAUGAACUGAAGUGUGGCUUCAUUACUUAACUAUAUUGAGGCAAAUAAUUGCUUUCUCCUCUUCUCUUCUGUGCAGUGUACACAGCUGUAUAAGUAAAUAUAAAUGGUCGUUUAUUCUUUGGAAUUUUUGUUCACUCACUUGGUUGGUUUCUUAACCUUUUCCUCUUUCUUGGGACUCUAAUGAUUUACUAAAACAGACCAAUAUUAACAUUGCAAUACAUUUUCUCUUUUUUGUUUUUCUUCCCCUCUUUUUGUCAAUAUAUAUGUAUAUAUAUCUAUAUACACACACACAUACAUACAUAUAUAUACAUAUAUAUAUAUAUAAUUUUUUCUUCAAGCAUGUGUUAUUUUAUCAAAACAAAAUAUAUUUGCUUUUAGUUUUAGUGAAACAGCAAAAUUAUUGAUGUUAAAAAAAAUAGUUAUAUCUAUAGACAGAGAGUGUGUGUGUACUGUGCAUCGUAAUCAGCUUCAUCUUACUCUAAGGUAUGAACAAACUAUCCCUUUCUUGCCCUAUGCCCACGAGCUGAAGUGAGGAUGACAUCUCUGGUGCAUCUUGUAUUAAAUAUCAUUUAAUAUAAGACAUGUUAUGACAAUAUUCUAGCACCCGCUGCUUCAAUUUCAGCUCUCAACUAUUCCCCUGGCUAAUGUAGCCACUAUAUAUUUUAGGGGAGAGAAGGGCAACUCAUUUUUUUCUUCUACUUCAAUCUUCUUCCCUUUCAUUUCAAGAACUUUUAAUCAGGGAAAAAUAAGCCCAAACCCAACUGUUGCUCUGACAGUAUACUUAGGUAUAACUACAACUCUAUUCUCUCUACCAAUCUCAAUGGUUUAUCACUGUACGUUGCGGAGGGCUAAACCCAGUGGUCAAAGCUCACAGUGGUAUGGUUUGUCGUUAUUUUAAUAAAUGUUGUUUUGUGGAAAUCUU